AGGAAGUUGCCACGGAUAAACUGUGGCUCGUUGCGUUGGUGCGAUUGUGUGAUUGCGUGAAUGUAAAAAAUGUAAAAAAGAACAACAAUAGAAAAAAACGAAAAUUAUUAAAGAAAAGGCGAAACAUACGAAGAAGAAUCAAGCAAAACCUUUACUAAGAAAUAUUAAGAAAAUUCUUCAAAAAAAAGUGAUAACAGAGUCGUUGUUCAGCUCCAACUGAGAAAAGUUUGCUACUGUGUGGGUGGAUGUUUGAGUGUGAGCAUAGCUGAAAUUCCCAAGGAGGUGUGUCGCUGAGAAAACAAGCACAUGACACCUCACAAUUAACAAUUAACGUUCAAUUAAAAUAGUCCUAGUCCGCUGCCUGUGCCAUUUUGAGGUAUUUGUUGCUAGCCGGUCCCCCACCCUUUUGGGUUAUUCUGUGUGUGUGUGUAUGUGUGUGUGAGUAAACGCGUCGUGCGUGUGUUGACUGCAGGAAUUCCUAUUAGUGAUUAAGAAGCGUCCCAACAAAACAACACACCCUUAUAUGAGUGGCUUUCGGUUUGUCUGUCUGUCUGCAUGUCAGCCGCCUAAAUACCAUGCAAGUCAACAAGCUCUGCGAAUCUUAUCUGUGUUUGUGGUGGCAUACAAGGAAGCCCUAAUCGCCUUGUUUUUCAUAAACAAGCGCAAAGAUUACGAUCGUGUCAAAUAAUUUCUCACCAACAAGAGGGUCGAAACUGAAAAGUGGAAAGAAGGAACAAACUCGCGGAAACGGAAGUUAAACGUUUUGAAAACUGUGAAACGUGCAAGAGUGUUGGCUAACAGAAAAGCAGAGAACAAAAAAACAACGAAAACAAGUAAGGGUGGUAUAAAAACAUGUAAAGUGUAAAAUUAACAACAACAACCACCAUUGCAAAACAAAUCUCUAACAGUGCAAAAAAUAAAAGAAAACCCAAACACCCCCAAUGUAGCAUAUUUUGUUGGGGAGCUGUGAACAAAAAUAUCUUUACGCCACUCCAUCUAUAAUUGGCCAUUAAGCAAAUUAAACACAUCAAUGACCUUAAUGUCAUCCAUUAUGGCCUUUUUUUUAGCAAACAAAGCGUUUUAGUCACCCCAAAAAUCUUGUGACUGCUGACAAAUAGGAAUUUCAAUACCAGUUGACAGUGUCCCAGUGUAAAAGCCCUCAAACAAAUCUGUCGAUCAAUCAAUCGUUUAUUGAAUUUGUUGAAAACCAAACGAGACAAAUAUUUCCUUUGAACAAGGCUAAAUAAAACAAAUCAAAAGCGCAAAUAAUUGUUAAUAAUUUAUCAUAAAAACAACCAAACAACCAAACAGUUGGCCAAAAACCGAACCAAAGCAUAAAAGUGGCAGUGUCACAAAAAAAAGUGUCCUACAUUCAGCCAGUGAUCCAUCCAUCAACUCGUUUUGUCAUAUUAUUCGCUAGCAAAUAAUAAGGAUUUCGUUACAAAGCAAGCUAGGAUAUCAUCAUCAUCAUCAUCAGCAAACAAACAAAGAAGCACCAAUUGGCGGCGACCAUUGCCACUUGGCCAGUUUUGUGUGUUCUUUUCCAAGGAUUAUUGAAAAGGCUGACAGAGAUGCUUUACACAAAGAAUGUGUAAUUCUCCUAUGAAAGCAGUAGCUAAAGGCCGGCCUCACAACGUCUCCGAAAGCAUUUAAUUACUUGUUAACUAUUCUCGAAAGGUUUCACCUGCGCUGGGCACAACCAAACGCCACAAACGUUCAAUAGCCAGCCGCACCAUUAGUCGACCGACAUCAUUGGCAGCCACAAUGAAACAUUUGCACCGAAUUACACAUGUAAGAUGGCGCUUGACAUCGUCCAUCUCCGGCGUCACCACAGUCACCUCCUCCCUAUUUAGUAUACCUUGGCUACACUUAAGCUCAUUACUCCUAAUCCUGCUUAGCUAUCACCAACACACCCAAGCGUUUUGUCCUUCGAAAUGCCAAUGUCUGGGUGGGGAUGCCAACAGCAAGGCGUUCUGUGUGAAUGCCGCCUUAGAAGAUGUGCCAAUUCAAUUGAAUCCCGAGACCAAAUACAUCAAUUUAACCUUAAAUAAGAUACGCAACAUACAAUUCACCCUGCCCUUCUACAUGAAAUUGGAAAUUUUAGAUUUAUCGCGCAACAUCAUUGAGACCUUGGGUUCCAAGAACUUUGAGUAUCAAACGGAAAUGCGCACCCUAAAUCUCAGUCACAAUUCGGUCAGUUCCUUGCAAAAGGAUGCCUUUAAGGGUUUGCGCAAUCUUUUGGUAUUGGAUUUAGGCUACAAUCGCAUCGAUGUCGUCGAUCAUACGGCCAUGAAUGAUCUAACGUCACUGGUCGAACUGGAUUUGACCAAUAACAACAUUAUGAGUCUGGAGGACAACACCUUUGGCAAUCUAAUGUCUUUGGAUAUAUUGAUUUUUAAAAAUAAUCAAUUAUUGGAUAUACCAGCGAAUAACCUACACCAUCUGCAAUCGCUCAAGUCUUUGGAUUUAUCCGACAAUCUGGUUGAGUACAUACGCAACGAUAGUUUCGAGGGUCUACGGGAGUUGGUCACUCUAACGGUGAGGGGAAAUGUGAUUAGUGAGCUGGAUUUGAGUGCCUUCGAGGGAUUGAUAACGCUAAAGCAUUUGGAUUUGGCCAAUAAUAAUUUAACGAUGGUGCCCACGCAACAACUUUCGAAACUCUCCAAUCUGACACAUCUAACUUUGAGCGGAAAUCGUUUUACCCAUCUACCCGCAGUUGGUUUCCUGAAUCUCUUCCAUUUGCGCGAAUUACAUUUGAAUCGAUUGGAUUUUCUGCAACGCAUUGAUUCGAGAGCCUUUGUGGACAACACCCAUUUGCAAAUACUCCACCUGAACAACAAUCCCCUCUUGGGUGAACUGCCCAUGCGGUUAUUCCAGGGCAACCCCAACAUUGUUGAGGUCUAUAUGCAAGCCAACUCUCUGCAAACCCUGUAUGCUGCCCAAUUUCCCAUCGAUCAAUUGGAGAAACUCUAUCUGGGCGAUAAUCCUCUGCAAUGCAACUGCACUCUCUUCUGGCUAUGGCGUCUGGUGACAGGGAAUUUUGAAAAUGGUCUACAAAGCCAUGACCUAAAGCCGGGUAAUAUGAUGAGCCAUGACUCGGGGUCGGUGGCUGCCUUGGGCUCAGAUCUGAGCGCUGAAGGUGACGAUGAUAAUUUGGUAAGAGUGGCCGCCUAUGUGGCCGAACGCAAGAAGGAUGUUACCGCGAAAUUCCAAAAUACCAACCCUUCAGUGGCCUCAACCAGUGGCUUUCUAAAACUUGAUGCCGAACGUAUAGGCUGCGAAAUCUGGCACGAUAGUAAAAGAAACCGCAAACAUUUGGCAGCCAUGACCGAAAGCGAAAUCACCUGCCCUGCCCAUGUGGUGACCAUUGUAUGCGCCGUACUCACCUGCCUGCUGGUGGUUAUGACCGGCGCCAGCAUUAUUUUCUACAUGAGAUUUGUAAAGCGGCGACGAAAGCUAAUGCAUGAUCGUUCUUUGCGUACGGGCAAAUCCAUAGUAAAUGUACACGAUCGCAUAUUACCCCAUCAACCAUUGAGUGCGGCCUCUAAUGGAGGCAUACCUGGCACCCUCAUGAAUGGCGGCUAUCCACAUCACACCAUGCAGCCCCAAAGAACGACGCUGAGCCACAAUAUGCAUCCCAUGCAUCAUCAGGACUAUCAUCAGACAUUGCCGCAGGUGGACAAAUUGGAACUGGAACGAUAUCUCACCGCCCAGGCCAUAGCCAAUGAGUAUCGCGCCCUCAAGCCCUGGGAGUUGCCGCCGGUGAAGGACACCAACACCUAUACCGAUGAGCCAGAGCAUCUGUAUGAGAAAUUCGAUCACUACGAGUAUCCCGAUGCGCACACCAUGUCCAAAUCCUCAAACGGUAAACUGAUGAUGGGCUCAUCCACAAUACCCUCCGUUGGGGUCCACGGUCUGGGCAGUGGCUCCGGCGGUGCUGGUAUGGGCGGCAUGGCCGGUAUUGGUAACAGUAGUCUAGGGGGUGGCGGUGGUAGCGUUAGUGGUAGUGGUAGUGGAAGUGGUGGCGGUACUCUUAACAAACCCCACAUAGUCUAUGUAUGAUACAAUGGUAGAGAGAGGAUGGUAAUCGAUAACGAGGGAUCUUGUGCAUCGUCUAGUGAUACUGUGGCAUUAAGCAAUUGUUUAAAUAAUAAUUACGAUACUAUGUGUAGUUAUAUGAAAUUAGUCUAAAACAAAAAACAGUUUAACCCAUUUAAAAUGCAAAACAUGCUAAACAAAAACGAAAACGAAAACCAGCAAACCAAACAAAAAAAAACACACUGAAAAAAAAUUCAAACAAAAAAAUUUGAAGACGAAAACAAACAAGGCAAAAGUAACGAUGAAAGAUGACCACAAAGUGAGGACAAGAAGAGAAUAUUAAUAAAACACGGUCAUUACUAAGAGUCGGGCCUACUAUUUCUCUUUACAAAUAGAAGUAAUACAAUAAUAACCGAUAACCGAUAACAUGGCAAAACAGGGAACUUAUUUAGCAUGAUGGUCAUUUUUUGUAGAACAGCAUCUAAUAAAAAGAAAAACACACACACACAAGGGCUAAAGCGUAAGAGUAAAGGAAAACAAAAUCUACAAUAAAAAGAAAAAAAGGAAAUUUCCAAUGCUAAUGAAAGAGUUGCAGAAUUGGUCAGUCAUUAAAGCUUUGGUAUCGCAAAAAAGCCAAUUUUUAAAAAAUUGAGAACAUUCAAAGAAAGAAGGACGAUCGAGAGACCGGUUUACAUGGGAGCUAUAUCAGGUUAUAGACUGAUUUUGGCCGUACAUGGCACAGUUGUUAGAAGUCAAAAGAAAACACCACGUGCAAAAUUUCAGCCAAAUCGGACAAAAACUGAGGCUUGUAAGGGCUCAAGAAGUCAAAUCGGGCGAUCGAUUUAUAUGGGAGCUAUAUCAGGUUAUAAACCGAUUUGAACCGUACUGAGCACAGUUCUUGGAAGUCAUAACAGAACACUGCAUGCAAAAUUUCAGCCAAAUCGAAUGAAAAUUGCGGCUUGUAAGGGCUCAAGUAGUCAAAUCGAGAGAUUGGUUUAUAUGGGAGCUACAUCUAAAUCUGAACCGAUAUGGCUCAUUUGCAAUCCUCGACGACCUACAUCAAUAUUAAGUAUCUGUGCAAAAUUUCAAGCGGCUAGCUUUGCGCGUUCAACCUCUAUAUUGAUUUCGACAGACGGACGGACAUGGCUAGAUCGAUUCAGAACGACGAGACGAUCCAGAAUAUAAGUACUUUAUGGGGUCUUAGACGCAUAUUUCGAAGUUUUACAAACGGAAUGACUAGAUUAGUAUACCGCCAUCCUAUUGUGGUGGGUACAAAAAGAACAUUGUUUUUGACUACUUAAUGAUCUAUAGAUGUGAUAAUUGGGAAAAUAUGAGUUCUUACCAAUUUGCAUGCCCUCCACCAUAAUCUAGUCAUUCAGUUUAUAACACCUCGAAAUAUGCUUCUUUGACCCC